AUGUCGUCGCCAAACACCAACCGCAACAUUCCGCCUGGAAUCAGGGACGAGAAGCGUCACACCAUCGUCAACAAAAACUCGGGAGAGACAAUCACAUGGACAACAUACGGGUGUGAGACCGGAGGCAAAGAAGCGAAUGCCAUCCUCGUGUGCAAGCCAGGAGGUGGUCCGCCCCUCCACUACCACACCACCUAUGCCGAGCGGUUCGAAGCGGUCGAAGGCGACUUGGGUGUCAUCCUGGGCCAUAGGGAACCAUUCCAUUUGAAGCCAGGCGAGUCGGCAGAGAUCCCCAUCGGCACCCACCACCGCUUCUUCAAUGACGGAGACAAGGACGUCACCUUCAAAGGAUUUGUGGUGCCCGCCCACGCAGGCUUUGAAAGGAGCUUGUACGUACUCUUUGGUCUCAACAACGAUGGCUUGGCCGACCCGAAAACCGGUAUGCCGUAUAGCAUCUUACAUGCCGCUCUGGUCGGCGAGAUGAGCGAGUCGAGGUUCCCAGGCUUCAUGGGCGGGAUCAUGAACUACGUUGGCAAAAUUCUCGCAACGUACGCGAGGUGGACUGGCGUUGAGGAGGAGCUGUUGAGGAAGUACUGGGAUUGA